AUGUCUUCCAAGCUCCUCAACUAUGCGGCGGCCAGUAGCACCACCAGUGCGCACUCCCGGUUCGUAAACGACACGAAACGACGGGCGACGGUGGUCGUGCCGGGUGACGCCAGUUCUUCCGCUCCGUGGAACUACGACAACCUGCAGCUGAGCGAUAUACUGUGUCCCGUGUGCCAGUCGUUGGCGGUCGAACCCGUGUUCUUACCCUGCCAGCAUCUGUUCUGUCGCAGCUGCCUGCGUGUGACGAUCGAGACGAACAACCUGAACUGCCCGUGCUGCCGGAAACGGUUCGGCACCUGGUACCGGAAUGCUUCCCGUGGCAACACACUAGUACACGAGCGGCUUUGGCAAGCCAUCCAAAGCCAGUUCCGUGAACGCUUGCACGAGGAACAGAAACCCGCCUCCGGACCGUCCGACCCCAAUAAACAGCAUGCCGCCUAUCGACUGGCCAAUCCGGGUGACAUCAGGAAGGAGUACAAAGAAGAAUUGAAGCGCUACCAGCAGGAGCUGCUGUCGGAGGAGAAAAAGGAACGGAUCGCUUCCGAGCAGUACAUUAUCAACCUGUACAAACAGGAGGGCAUCAUCGAUCUGGCCGACAGCAGCAGCCAUGUGUCCGUUUCGUCGACAACGACUCCCGACGUGCCGGACAGUGCCGGCGGUCGGAAGAGCAUCACAAAUUCUUCGGUACCCGGUCCAUCGUCUGCGUCUGCCGGUGCACGCCAGCCACCACCGUCGAAAGCGCACACUUCAGGCCAUACGGCAGCGGACAGCGGGUCUGAGAAGGUGCCACAGCCGGUCCGAUUGAGCCGCUCAAAGUCACCGUCGAAUGGAAGUGUAAUCUCCAUUUCGUCCACCUCGUCGGCGGCCUCCGCCGUGACGGCCACUUCGUUCGUGUCCUCGUCCGCCGUCUCCGAGCGCUUCAGUUUGAUUAAAUCCGUCUCGCAGAAGAUUGGCCGGAGCGCGGAACUCGUGAAGCAAACGGCCAGCGAUCUGCACAGGCUCACGUUUGGGAAGCUGCAGCAGCACCAAAAAUCGAUGGGCACACUCGAUCUGAACCGAAGUGAGCUGUGCGUCAAACCGACGGAGCUGCACAAAGCGGAACAGCGCGGCGCAGCGGACGAAGAGGAUGACACCGAUAGUCUGAAAGCAGAACAGAACCAUUUCGUCCCGAUCCACACGACACUGCCAAAGAGCAGCUUCUCGUUGGACAAUGUUGUACGCGUUGCCCCGAUCCGGUCACCGAUGGUGUCCGUCGCCGGGUACACGCUGACACCGAAAAAGUGUCCCUAUCGGCCGCUGGCCGAGGUAGCUACCACCGGUAGCCCCCGGCAGUCGGCGUUUUCGGUUGUGAACUUUAUCCUUCUGACCCCACCCAAAAAGAAGCUGGUGUCCGGUGAGUCCAGCGAAAAAUCGUCCACUUCUUCGGCGUCGUCGUCGUCGUCGUCGUCAUCCGACGGAUCGAAAACGGCAAAGAAAACCGUGUCCUCCAGCACGACUGCCCGGCGUGGCCGUCGUCGUAGAAAGCUCAAAUUUACGCCCACCAAGGGGCGCAAAAUCACUACACGACGGAGCACGGCAGUGGUUCCGCAGGACGGUGACGCAGAAGUCACAACAACCACCGCCAGCUCCAGAAGCACCGUUCGCCGCACUUCCGACCGUUUGCCGAGGCUGCUAAAGCACGCGAUCGUCAGCGAUCAGCAGCGGCUCGAGCAGCAGAUCGAAAUGGAACGGCGUGACUUUGAGUUUGCACAAAAGUUGCAACAAAAGCUGAACCGAUCGAACGGUGUGAUGCAGGAAAUCCAUCGGCUCUAUCCGGCCGCCCGAAACUGUAGCUACUCACUGCGCCGCAAGGGCGGCAACGUGGAAGCGUUCGACCGGGGCACGACCCUGCGCGACGAUCGGUCCACCGAGGACACGAAGAACCUGGCGCAGAAGACGCGCAAACGGAAGGCUACCAGCAGCAGUGUGGAGAACGAUGUUCCUACCGCGUCCCCGCCAUCGUCGACGGGACGGGCUGCGGACGCGGUGAGAAAGCGUCAGACGAGGCGAACGAUCAAACAGGAACCGGUGGAAGCACCGUCGCCUCCGGUCGAUAAACAACUCGGUUCGGUUCCGCAACGCAAGUCCACCCGGAACAAGGCCCGUUGAAUGACCGCCUCAAGUUCAAUAUGAAGAGUGAGUGUAAAUUGCACAUUGCCCUCACAUAACCUAACCCGUGCCACAAGCAGCCGUAUGAUAUGUGUUUUUUGGCAAAUCGUCUUCAAAAGGCGGCACCGCAAGGACUAGGAAUGUUUGUUAAGGACAUAAAGGUGACCUAAAAAUGUUUGGGCAGAAAGUUUCGGCUCUAGGCGCCGCUCUAGGGGACACAAGCACAAUGCCACAAUGACAUGAUGAUGUUCGUGAUUCUAUUCGUUCACUGUACAGAACCGUCGAGAACCCGGUUAGGCGGAGCCGCCAGGAGGAGAGUUUUCUCGUACUAGUUUUAAGCCCCUUGAUCUGUCGAUCGUGAAACUGCGUUUUGUGGAGUACAGAGUCGGAACAAAAGUGUUUGGUUGUGCACUGCUGCAGUUCGAGUUCUUCGCAACGUGCGCCAAACAAUCCCAGUUGCAAUACACGCGAUAUUCCAAGUGUAGAUAUAUUUACAGCCCCUAUAUUUCCACGUAGCACGUAGUUUCGUAUAAUUUAAGCAGAAAGUCGGCCAUAUGUUGCACCAGAUUGUAACAUGGCGAACUGGCGGGCACAGAGAAAGGGGCGUACUUUUUGAUAUAUUUUCCGCGGCGCGCCGUACAUUCUGUAUUUGCAUUUAAACACCGCCGGGGAACGGCAGCCCUUUUGUUUUUCUACGAAACAAAACCCGUUGGUUCGGUGCGUUACACAGAUUACUUACAGAACCAACGAAGUGCGAAGUGCGCAAAAGAGAGUAGGUCUCCACGCAAAGGUCCCCAAGGAAAUUCCCGGGCCGCAGUCUUUGCAUG